AUGAGCCCCCUCGGAACUAAGAACAACAAGACCCACGCCCACGGCGCCGGUGUCCCUGGCACGACGGUCCCAACUACCCAGAUGGCAGGGGCACCAGGAGGCAUCGGGCCCGACGCCACCCUACCCGGGCCGGCGCCUCACACGGCAGGCCCGCAUCGGCACGACAUCCUCAACAAGCUGGACCCUACGGUGGACAGCCAGUCUGGCGGCGCGCAGGUCCUAGGACCUGGCGUCCAAGGCACCGGUCGACAGGCUGGGGCCGCACAGCCGGUUCCUGGCACGGCCGCCAUUGCCGGAGGAGCGAUGCCUGCAGGCACCCAAGCCGCGGGCGGCCUCGCAGGCAACUACACGCAUGGCCCGCAACACAACUCUCGCAUGGCCAACACGCUGGAUCCCCGCGUCGAUGCGACCGUGGCCAACGCCCAGACCACGGCGGCUCCAGGCACCGCAGCUCCGGCCCUCGCACCUGCGCAGACCGCAGGCACCUUUGGGGGUGUCCCUGAAGGCACGUACGGCCCGCAUCGCACGCGCGCCGGCAACACACUGGAUCCGACGGUCGACUCGGACCUCGACAGGACGCCUCGCGGCAUGGCACAGCAGGGAGGCGGCGCGUAUGGCAUGGCGGGCGCCGUGGGCGGUCGCACGAGGGACGAGAUGCUCCCGGGCCCGGCGCCUCACACGGCGGGGCCGCACCGUUCGGACUUGAUGAACAAGCUGGACCCCAAGGUGAAUAGCAAGAUGGAGGGCGUCCCGGCGCGGCAGUACAGGCAGUAG